ACCAACCGAAACGCUCAACCUCGAGAUAUCACGGGGCACUCGCUGCAGAGGACUUGCUGGACUAAACCCUGCUGACGAAGGAGAAGACGCCUGUCUGAGCUGAACAGACGGGCAUCUACUCGAAAGAGACUCCCGAUCAGUUCCAGUCUCUUCGCUUUUGACACCCGCAAACGCAUCAGAGAACCCUGUUACAAAACGAGUGCUACUCCCCGAAGGUACCUCUUCUCCUGGAGAGGGUCUGGUGGUGGCGCCCGCAAAACUUCGAGGGUGACACUCAAUAGGACUUAGUAGCAGCAAGAAUUUUUGCUAGAAGUGCCCCGACUGGUUGACACGCAACCAUGCUCAGGCUGGUAAUUUCAUCGCUCUUGAUAGUGAGCGCCUUCACUCAACGUGAAGGCCUCAGUCUUGCUCAGCAGAGAGUGCAGCAGAGGCUUAGUCCCAACGACCAGCCGACGACAUUUUCUCCGACAUCCAACCGCCAGCCGUCGUUUUCUCAAGUAUUUGAUCUGCCUCCGCAGCCGGUCAUUCUUCAGGAUCAGGUGAUUGAAGUGCAAGACCCUAUCCUCGUCCAAGACGCCUUUGAUAACCGGCGAAACGUCGUCCUGACCCAGCGACGACUGACAUUCCAGGAACAACAAAGACGUCGUUUGGAACAGGAAGCCCGCCAGCAAGAAGAGCGCCUCCGCCAACAGCAACUUGCACUCCAGCGCGCAGAGGCGCGUCGACGAGCUCAGGAACAGAGCACACUGAACACGCAGAGGGUUCAACAGCAGAAUGUCUUGGCAAAUCGUCAGUUGCAGACCCCAGUCUUAACUCAGACGGUUAUCGGACCAGUUGCUCAAACCCUUGACGAUCAGCGAGAUGGUCCCUUCCAGGAUGGAACUUACUAUUUCAGAUAUGCUACCAGCGAUGGGAUCGAAAGGGAAGAAGGCACCAGACUCACUGGUCCCUUGACUCAUGAGGUUACAGGAUCUUAUUCGUACAUCGCUCCCGAUGGAACUCUUGUGGCCAUGGAGUACAUCGCUGACGAGAAUGGAUACCGCGCCUAUCCUGUCCGAAACAACGUCGUGAAUCCUGUUGCUCCCCCUGAGCCAAUCCCAGUGCCUCCGCCGCUCCGACCAGUGUUGAACACACCCGCCCCAGAGAUAAUCAGACCAAUCCAAACAUUAACUAGGCCUAUCAAUGUGAUCAGCCCUAGACCUCCUCUCAUCACUCAGCCAAUUCCUGAUCUGACCAUUCCAGUCCAGACAGUGCGACCACCCGUCCAGACAGUGCGACCACCUUUCCAAACCGUUCGGCCUAGGCCUAUCAUCCAGAAUAUUCAGCUGCCCGUACAAACUGUGCGUCCACCCAUCCAGCGACCUUUCCAAACUGUUCGCCCAGUCAUCCAAACUGUUCAGCGACCACUACAGACCGUCCAACGACCAAUUCAAACCGUAACGCCAAGGCCGAUUCUCCGACCACAGGUCACGAGUCGACCUCAGUUCGCCAGCACCUUCGUCAAUCGCCCCACCUUCGCUACCUUUGGCACCGACAAUCUGGGAAAAGAGUCAUCGUCGAUUAUGAUUACGGUGACCUCGACUUCGCCGCGUCAGAACCCGUUUUGGCCCUGGAACCACCAAAGGAAACCGAUGACUAGGGCUUGGAAUGGAUAAGUGUAGGAUACUGUCACGGCAACGAGGGAUGUGAAUGAGAUAUUCAGGGAUACGAGAAUUCCAUAUUUUCCAUUUCGAUCUGUUUACUCCUAUAAUAGCUAAUGCGCUUCAACUCAAAUGUCUCCCUUACAAACUUCCUUUCUCCGUUAAUAUGCUUUUAUAACAUUUAGAUUUGUGCUAGAUAUUAAAAUG